UAAAUGUUUCAAUAUGUGUGUGUCUCUUCAUUUUAUUUAUUUAUUAAAUGUUAUUUAAUAAACUGCAUAUAAUAUAUCUAGACUGAUAAUGGUGAAGACGAUCUUAAAAAGGGUACCCAACUAUUAGAAAUUUAUGCGUUAGAAAUACAAAUGUAUACUGCACAAAAAAACAACAAGAAAUUAAAAGAACUUUACGAACAGUCUCUCCAUAUUAAAUCUGCUAUUCCACAUCCUUUGAUUAUGGGUGUUAUUCGAGAAUGUGGCGGUAAAAUGCACUUAGAAGAAGGCCAUUUCUCUAAAGCACAUACUGAUUUUUUUGAAGCUUUUAAAAACUACGAUGAAUCUGGAAGUCCCCGUCGUACAACAUGCUUAAAAUACCUAGUUUUAGCAAACAUGUUGAUGAAAUCUGGUAUCAACCCAUUUGAUUCACAAGAGGCUAAACCUUAYAAAAAUGAUCCAGAAAUAUUAGCAAUGACUAACUUAGUCCAAGCUUACCAGAAUGAUGACAUUAAAGAAUUUGAAACUAUCUUAAAGAAUCAUCGUAAAAAUAUAAUGGAUGAUCCAUUCAUCAGGGAACACAUUGAAGCCUUAUUAAGUAAUAUUCGUACUCAGGUAUUGAUAAAAUUAAUUAAACCCUAUACUCGUGUUCAUAUACCAUACAUUGCAAAAGAACUCAAUAUUGAAGAAAGUGAUGUUGAAAGUCUUUUAGUUACGUGUAUUCUAGAUGGAACCAUUAAAGGGCGCAUUGAUCAGACAAAUCAAGUGUUAAGUUUAACACUAGUUGAUUCUGCAACCAAUCGUUUUGCAGCCAUAGAUAAGUGGACCAAUCAACUAGCUACUCUCAAUUUAUCUAUUUCACAAAAAAUAUUUUAAAAUGUUUAAUGUAUUUUUUUUUUUUAAUAAAUUAAAUA